GAGUUUGAUGCCUUCACUAUUAUAUUAGUUGUUAUCUAUUUUGUUUUCUGUUUCUAUGUUAUCUUGUUUUCUGAACAUGCUUUCUUGUUCCGCAUCUAUACGUCACUAUUAUAUUAAUCCAGUAACAGCUGAUUUUGUGAAGGAUGUGGCAUUUGGAUCCGCAUCUAUACGUCACUUUCUGGAUGAAAUAAAUACACAAACCUGCAACACUUGUAGAUAUGUACUUAUUCCGUUACAUAGUAGUUGGCGUUUGCAUUUGCUAUCGAUUGAUUUGAAGGAACGACGUUUUAAGAGUUGGAACUCUUUGUGGAGCCACAGCGGGGCACAGGACGCGGCACAGCUGCUGGCGAAAUGGUUUGCGUUCUAUUUUGAGCACAUCCUUCAAAUCCCUGUCGGCGCUCCUGACGUCAUAUUUCAUAAGGAAUGUCAACAACAGGGUUCCAUCGAAGUUGAUUGUGGCAUGUACACAUGCCUUUUUGCCGAAAGAAUCGUAAGAAACGGCCUUCCCGAUCUAUCAUUGUACGAUAAUGACCCUCCCUCCUUCCGUGCUCAUAUGGUCAGUGCGAUCUUAAAGGAUCCAUGUUGUCUGACAUAUACUUCUAUGAUUGAGUGCAUAGUCGUAAAAGAUGAUGUCUGAAUGUUAUAGGAUUUUGCAAUUGUUACUGGUACUGUACAGUGUGUUUAUAUAUUAUUGU